AUGUAAGAAAAAAAAAUUAAGAAAAACAGAAUUAUUCAUUCGUCAUUUUUAAAAUUACUUUAUAAAAUUCUUGAGGUUAAGUAAAUUAAUAAAAUAGAAUCAAGAAUAUGAAAAUAUAAUAAGAUGGAAUGAUUCAGGAGAAAAAUUUAUCAUUUUAGAUAAACCUACCUUGAUAUCAAAGAUACUUCCUAUAUAUUUUAGACAUUAAAAGUUUUCCAGUUUCUUAAAGUAUUUCAAUAUAUAUACUAAGACAAUUGAACCUGUAUGGGUUCUAAAGAACUAGUUUAGAAAAGAAUAAUACUUAUUACUAUAACACAUAAUUUACCAAAUUUUCUCCGAACUUAUAAAUAAAAAAAAAGCAAAGACAAUAAUUUGCUUAAUCUGAACUAGAGACAUCUAUUUUGAGAAAUAACCUGAAUUAAAUAAAAAUUUCUCAAUAAAUCUUAAGAUAGCAAAUCUAUGAAUGUAUAUAAACUGUUGAUAAAAUGUCAAGUGUAACUCAAUAUUUAUUGAAUGUAUAUUAUUUUAUAGAUCUAGCUACUUUUUGAAAGUAAGAUUUCAGCAUCUAACUAGGCUAAAGCUAUAUUAAAUGCAGCCUUGAAAAUAAUGUAUGGAAUGUUGCCCCAAUUUUGUAAACAUUUUAUAAAAAAUUAUAAAGGUGUUACAUCAUCCAAAUUAUUAGAAAUAACAUUUCCUAAAAGUGAAAUCUUGUAACUUGAAAAUGCAAUGUCCUAUCUCGGUAAUACUGCUAUCCUACCGCAAGUUCAUAUAACAUUGUUUUAGAUAUUUAAUUACUUAUCCUCCUACUAUCCAGCCACUUAAUUUUCAAAAUAUGAUGAAGCAUUUUCACAUAUAUAGAAAUCCUAAUAAUUUUUCUAAGAAUAUGCUACUUAAACUCAGUAAUUUAAAAUUGUAGAAUGA